AUGGCUUCCGGUCUCCAGCAACGUCUCACAGCUCUCUCGGUCACGAAUAAGCAAACCACCCCUUUGAUCCAACGAUUACAGAACUGGUCCGCUACUCCAGGACAAGGCGAUGAAGCGCGCGUUGAGCUCGGUACAGAGAUCCAUCUCCGACUCAAGGAGAUGGAAGAUGAAAUGGAGCUACUGAGAGUUGAGAUUGAUCAGCUAGAAGCGGGCAGUGGCAGGAGGCGGGACAACGAAGAUAAAGAAGCGGAGAGAGAAAGAAUAGUGACCAUGGCGAGAAAGUUAGAAGUUAAUAUUAAAAGUGUUCGAACACAAUUUCGAAAAGCGCAAAUACACGCCAAACGCAAUGCAGAUAUAGCUAAGCAGAAGGAACGACAAUUGUUAUUCUCCGGCAUCGGCGAGGACGGCAUGCCGCAAAGAAAGGCUUCUCCAAAACUCACACAUGACGAUUUGGUGGUCGACGCUUCGAAUGAUGUCACUGCUGCGUUAAGGCGUACACAUCAGCUCAUGCAGUCAGAGCUAUCGAGAAGCCAGUUUGCACAGCAGACAUUAGAGCAAUCGACAGCAGCUUUGAACUCCCUGUCGGAAUCAUAUAGUAACCUUGAUACCCUCCUCGCUUCGUCGCGCUCGCUGGUGAGCUCUCUUCUCCGUUCGCAAAAAUCGGAUACCUGGUACCUAGAAACUGCAUUCUAUAUACUGCUCGGAACUAUAAUAUGGCUUUUGUUUCGACGAAUAUUUUAUGGUCCACUUUGGUGGUUGUUGUGGUUACCCCUGAAAAUGAUUUACAGGUCAAUGUUCGCGAUCUUUGGUUUGGUGGGCUUAUCUGGAGGGGCGCAGAAGAGUGUCACUAGUGUACAACAUUCAGUAACUCCUGGAUUAUCGGCCACAUCAAUGGCAACGGUUAUUCCUUCUGCGAGGACGCCUGCUGAAGCUGGGUCUUCGGAGAGCAGCCAAACUGCACCGGCGAUACCGGCAACGGAGUCCGAAAGUAUAUCAGAGGAAAUAGUGAAAAUGGUGAGCGAAAGAGAAAAGGAAGAAGAUCAACGCCGACAGAGCGGCGGCACAAAUGUUGAUGACAUCUCCCCGGAAGAGAGGAAACGUCAGGAGGAAAUGCCACGAAAUCCGAAGAAAAGGAUGUGGGAAGAGAAUAUUGACAAAGCAUCAAAGAAAGAUGAGCUAUAG